AUGCGGGCGGAGGAGCCGCUGGCGCUGGCGGCCCCGCGGGCGGGCAGCGGCGAGGCGGAGGCGGCGGGCGAGGAGCGGAGCGGCGGCGGCUGCUGCAGCAGCGAGCGGCUGGUGAUCAACAUCUCCGGGUUGCGCUUCGAGACCCAGCUGCGGACCCUCUCCAUCUUCCCCGACACGCUGCUGGGGGACCCCAGCCGCAGGGUGCGCUACUUCGACCCGCUCCGCAACGAGUACUUCUUCGACCGCAACCGGCCCAGCUUCGAUGCCAUACUCUACUACUACCAGUCCGGGGGCAGGCUCCGGAGGCCGGUCCAUGUACCUCUCGACAUCUUCCUGGAGGAGAUCCGCUUCUACCAGCUGGGCCAGGAGGCCAUCGAGACCUUCCGGGAGGAUGAGGGCUUCAUUCAGGAGGAGGAGAAGCCCCUGCCCCAGCACCACUUCCAGCGCCAGGUCUGGCUGCUCUUUGAGUACCCUGAGAGCUCCGGGCCGGCCCGGGCCAUCGCCAUCGUCUCCGUGCUGGUGAUCCUCAUCUCCAUCGUCAUCUUCUGCCUGGAGACCCUGCCCGAGUUCCGCCAGGAGCCCAAGGGCUCCCAGCCCGGCUUCGGGGAGGCAGCAGUGCCCGGGGACGACACGCUGCUGCUGCCACCGCCACCACCACCGAGCGGGACCCCACAGCCCCUGCGACCCGCUGCCGGCGCAGGCCCUUUCUUCACUGACCCCUUCUUCCUCAUCGAGACCCUGUGCAUCAUCUGGUUUUCCUUUGAGCUCCUCGUGCGCUUCUUCGCCUGCCCCAGCAAGCCCGAGUUCUCCCGCAACAUCAUGAACAUCAUUGACAUCGUGGCCAUCAUCCCCUACUUCAUCACCCUGGGCACGGAGCUGGCCCAGCAGCAGCAGCAGAAGCAGCAGCCUGGGAGCAGCAGCAACAACGGGGGCCAGCAGCAAGCCAUGUCCUUGGCCAUCCUCAGAGUCAUCCGCCUGGUCAGAGUCUUUAGGAUCUUCAAGCUCUCCAGGCACUCCAAGGGGCUGCAGAUCCUGGGGAAGACUCUCCAGGCCAGCAUGAGGGAGCUGGGCCUCCUCAUCUUCUUCCUCUUCAUCGGGGUGAUCCUUUUCUCCAGUGCUGUCUACUUUGCAGAGACCGAUGACCCCGAUUCCCUGUUCACCAGCAUUCCCGAUGCUUUUUGGUGGGCAGUGGUGUCCAUGACCACUGUGGGCUAUGGGGACAUGUAUCCCAUGACAAUUGGUGGCAAGAUUGUGGGCUCCUUGUGUGCCAUUGCUGGUGUGCUCACCAUUGCCCUGCCUGUCCCUGUCAUCGUGUCCAACUUCAACUACUUCUACCACCGAGAGACUGAUCAUGAAGAGCAGUGCCAGUACACCCAUGUCACCUGUGGCCAGCAGCAGUCACCCUUCUCUGAGCCCAAGAAGGGGGACAGUAAUCAGUCUCUCAGCAAAUCUGAAUUCCUGGAAGCAGGAAGACCUGGAGUCCAUGAAAUAUUCCAACUUCAUUCCCCCCAACAAUCAGGGUUAUAA